AGAGAGAGAGAGAGAGAGAGAGAGAGAGAGAGAGAGAGAGAGAGAGAGAGAGAGAGAGAGAGAGAGAGAGAGAAAUGAAAAAGGCUGACACCCCGAAAACCUCAGUCAACAUCAUUUUGCAGUGCAGACCGUUGGAGUUCGUCUGGAACAAGGCUCUGCCGGGAGGGGAGUGUCUGUCGGUUCAGGACCUCGUCUUCUCAUCCUACUUCAACUCGGCCAUCUCCAUCCUCACCGACAUGAUCCUCGCCUUACUGCCCGUGCCGAUGCUGUGGAGGGUGCAAAUGAAUCGGAGAGUCAAGGCUAGCGUCGCCGGCAUCCUCAGCCUCGGCCUGUUCACCGUGGCAGCCGCUUUUGUCAAGGUCUACUAUAUAGCAGACUGGGGCAAGCUGGGAGAUCCGUUGUGGGAAAGCACCGAUAUUACUAUAUGGUACACGACCGAGAUAUCUGUUGCCAUAGUAGCAGGCUCCAUCCCCUGCCUCAAACCCAUGUUCAAGGACAUUCUGAAAACGGCGUCUGCCAAACGGUCCCGGAGGCAUAGCUAUGUCAACUUUGAGAAGCAGCCCGACGCCAGCAACACCACAAACACCGGCGGUAGGCAAUCGCGGGCCGUGGAGAACGGGAGCAUCAAAAGCCGCACGGGCAGUCACCCACCACACGAGGACCAUGUGGACAUUGAGAUGUGGGCCGGACCUAGCGCUCCGGCCGAGGGGGCCGUCGGCAGCCGCGAAGAGCUCACCGUGGCCGACGUCGAUAUGACAAGGCCAUACAGCGACAGCUUCGUCCUGGAGACGUCACGAAACACGAAAGCUCCGCAGGCCGAUGCAUAUGCGGUCGUGGACAAGACAAGGAGGAAUAGCAUUGGAGACAUGGUCUGAACGACUUGUGCUCUGCCCUUGUAAAACUUUUUAACUUGGGGCUGCUGAUGGACUUCACUUCAGCUUCAAUCUGUCCUGCACCGCCCUUCCAAACCCACCAGGAGAGAGCGAAAACAUGUCCUUGAGAUCACCAGCCAGCACCUCUGGUCUCUCUGUUGCGGGGAAGUGGCCCCCCCUCUCGUGCGCCCUCUCAAAAACAACAGGCCCCAGGGUCCUCCCAGAAGAGAUGAGGGCGCCCAUGUCCCGCGGGAACGACGAGAGACCCAGCGGCACGGCCCCGUUCCACCUCUUGGACUCCUUGAUGCCCCCGCUGGCAUCGCCGAAUCCGUCGUCCCCCAGCGUGUCCUCGUAAUAGAUGCGGACACUGGCGGCCGGGCCCGGGCGGGAAAAGAUGUACAGCGAGGCCCAGGUGAGGACCUCGUCGUCGCCCCAGCGGUAGUCGUCGUCGCUCCAGCCGAUGAGCUUUUCGUACUGCCAGGCCAGAAGCGCGACGGGGCUGUCGGCGAGGGCGAAGCCGAUGGUCGCGGGCUUAGUGGACUGCUGCAGGUUGUAGCCCAUGCCCUUGUCCAUGAGCUUCUUGACGUUUGCCAGCAUGGCCUUUUCCGGUGCCGUGUGUGGGGUGAGCAGGGCGCGGAGGUACAGCAUGGGAUGCUGGAGCAGCGUCGGGGGGUCUGCGAGGAUCAUGUUGAUGUGCGAGGCGAGGACGUUUUCUGGAUACAGUAGGUCCAGGGCCCGAGUGAUCCUGUAACCCCAAUCACCACCUUGG